AAUUGGGAAAAUAUGAUGAAGCAUUACAAGAUCUCAAUAAAGUUUUAGAUGUAUCCCCAGAUUGGGGUUAUCCAUUAGCAUUAAGAGCUUUAUUAGAUUUAGAUAGAGCUGUCGAAAAUAUAAGGGAUAAAGCAUUUAAUAUCGAACAUUCUAUAAUAGCACUUUAUAAUCGAGGUGCUGUAUAUAGUGUAUUGGGAAAAUAUAAUGAAGCUUUAUUAGAUUUAAAUAGGGUUUUGUUUAGGAAUCCACAUCAUUUACCUACGUUAUGUGAACGAAGUAUAAUUUAUGAAGCAUUAGGAAAGACUGAUAAAGCUCUAGUUGAUAUAGAUCAUAUAUUGAAAAUUGAUCAUUCAAAUGAGCAUGCU